AUGACCAAACUGUUGGCCACCAUAAAAGCUAUCAUUACUAGGAUACUAUUCAGUGCCCAUGGCUUCAUAGCGAUCUGGCAGGUCACCCAGAACACCCGUGAUCCGUUGUACUGGUGUCUUUGCGUGCCGAUUGGGGUCUUGUUCUUCGAGGCAAUCUUCACGUUGGCCAUCAAAAAGAACCAGGAAUGGCGCUGGUUUUGUCCCUCGGUGUUCAUCUACCUGUCCACGAUAGUUCCGGCGAUCUGGCUGCUGGAGUUGGACAAGCUGGAGAAGCGGUCCCUCUUCCAGGACCAGAUGCUAAACGAAACGAUAAACUUCGCGGCCACGGUUGGCAAGGACUUGAAAGACUUGAACAAGAUGCUCGGAGUGAAGAUUCAACUGCCGGAGAUUCAGCUGAACGCGGACACGUGGGUAACGCUGAUUGAGCAGUUCCUUAUGCUGGUGCUCAUAAUAGGUCGCUGGAUGCUACCCAAGGGUGACCUCACCCGAGACCAGCUAAGUCAACUCUUGUUGGUUUACAUCGGAACUGCGGCGGACAUUAUCGAAUUCUUUGACUCCUUUAAAGAUAGCAAAAUCGCCAACGAACCCGUGCUGGUCCUGCUAACACUCAGUAUUUGGUCCUGGAGUUUGCUCCAGUUUACCAUUGUCCUGUCGGCGACACGUGCCCGGAAGCCACGUGGUGGAGGUGUGGGUGGUGGCGAUGACGUUACGACGCACUGCUGCAACAUUAGCUGCUGUAACAUCGACGUGUGGGGCAUUGCGUUGAACAUUUUACUCCAGGAUGCGCCGUUUUUGGCGUUCCGGCUGCUGAUCAUCGUGCACUAUAAGAUUAUCACCUACAUGAACAUCUUUUUUACGUGCAAAAACACGCUGGUGAUUCUGCUUCAGCUGUACCGGCUGUACGUGGUCCAUUCGGAAAACCGGAAGACGGCCGCCAGCAAGCGUGGGGCGGCCCGAAAGGAAGCCCCACCGUCGUCGGGUGGCCGUUCCGGGAAAGCUCGCCCACGGAAAGCCACCGCCGGACGCAGGAAAGUGGCGGAUGUGACCGUUGACGAGAUUCACGAGAUGCGGAAGCCGAGACAUCGUAAAACUACCAGUACCACCUCCUCGAAGGCCCGCAAAGACACCGGAUAUUCGACGGCCAGCAGCCAAACGACGGUCGAGCAAAAGCGACGAACUCGGCGACGGGGAGGACAUUCCGAGGAGGAAGAAGUCCUGGCACCUGCCGAGAGAAGAGCUGCAGGGAAAAAGCCUACCAUCGCAAGGGAUACGGAAGUCGAGGUGGACGUGGACAGCCAUCGAAGGCACAAGCGGACCCGUAAUAAGGAGGCUGCCGGGAGAUCCGGCGAAAGGAAGCAGUCUCGACACGCCGACACUCACCAGCGAGCCAGCAACCGGAAACGGAAGAACGACGACCACUGCGAGGAGGAAGACGAAGACAUCAACCUCAAGGAUGAAGAAGACGUCGGCCGUGGAAAGGGCAACUUGGGUGACGAAGACGAUGAAAACGAUACCAGCGAGUUUGAAAUCAUCCACGAGAAGCGAAAGACCACCGGCAGUGGCAGCAACAAGACGACAAGUGCUUCCCGGACAAAACGAGCACAUCCGCUUCCACCGCCACCACCCCCGCUACCGGACGGGGAGGAUGAUGAUGAUGAUGCGUCGAGUACGGCGUCGACUUCCGGUUCUUACGAGUGAAGGCAAAUGGACUUUUUUUAUGCUAACCCCUACAACUUGGAGCACCGUUUCACCGAAAGCGGGUGCAAUUUUUAAGGCCACGAAGG